GGUUAGUCUUGGUGUUAUCAUGUCUGGACGUGGGAAGGGCGGCAAAGGCUUGGGCAAAGGUGGUGCUAAGCGCCAUAGGAAGGUGCUCCGCGACAACAUCCAGGGCAUUACUAAGCCUGCUAUCCGCCGCCUUGCUCGGCGUGGCGGUGUCAAGCGUAUUUCUGGCUUGAUCUAUGAGGAAACUCGCGGGGUGCUCAAGGUUUUCCUGGAGAACGUGAUUCGCGACGCAGUUACCUACACGGAGCACGCCAAGAGGAAGACUGUUACCGCUAUGGAUGUGGUCUACGCUCUCAAACGUCAAGGCCGCACUCUUUAUGGAUUCGGUGGUUAGGUUUG